AUGGAGAACGCCCAGGCUCGUCGCCAACGCCAUAUACAGCUCAUUGAGCAACUUUGCAAAGAAGAAAAUAAUGGGGAGGAGAAAAAUACCACGACCGAGACCAAGAAGGAAGAAUUCGAGGAACCACCACCACGUCCGCCAACUAGACGAUGCAUGUUCUACCGCGAGGACACAGAUGUUGCAAAAAUUCUCCGCUCCAAACAACUAUAA